UUAAAAACUGUGUUCUGGACUUCAGUGCUUCACAGCGAGAAAGCUCCAGGCUUCAGGAGCAACAGAUGGGAAGUUCCCCUGCUGCUGAAGGGAUGGAGGAUUCCACUGGACCCUUCCAGCCAACAAUCUUAUGACAGAGCAAAACAGCCCGCCAAAGAGCUUUCUAGCUGGAGAGAACAGAGAGGUUCUUUUCCCUGCAAAACACACACACCAAAAACCCACUCUUUGUGCUCCCUUCUCAACCAACGUUUCCUGGAAGAGCAUCAUAUGAUAGAGGGCACUGCUGUUGCUAGAUGGAGCCACCUGCCAGCAGCUGCAUGAGAAGUUCUCACCUCCCUACCACUGCACUCUGGGGCUGCCUGCGUAACCACCACCAUGCUGAGGCCGGAGGAGCUACUGGGCCCCACCAGUAUCCACAAGCUCCCUUUUCAUUCCACCACAAACCCGACUUUGGCGUGUAUUCAGAUUUUUCAACCUCAUGCCUGGCUGCUGCCCCCCAGAGCCUUCCCCGUGAUGAGCGGGCUUCCGAUGAGCACCAUCCCUCCUUCCAGCACCCUGCCUGGCAUUUCACAGCAUCGGAGGGCAGAAGGCAGCUGCCCGCUGAGUUGACGCUGGGAUCAGGAGAGACCGAGAGGGGCAGCCCAAGCUUAGUGGAUGCUGCAGUGGGCACGGGAGAAGGUUACAUCCUGGCAGGGGAUGUAGCAAGUGAAACGCAGAAAAAAUCAUCCAGAAGGAAAAGGGGAAAUGCAGAUUGCCAGGACACCACCAGCAGUAGCACCACCACCACCACCACUACCACAAAGGCAGAGGCCAGCAGCGCAAAAGCACGGAAAGAGCGCACAGCUUUCACCAAGGACCAGCUGCGGGAGCUGGAGGCAGAGUUUGCACACCACAACUACCUGACAAGGCUCCGGAGAUACGAGAUUGCAGUGAACCUUGACUUAACUGAAAGACAGGUCAAAGUGUGGUUUCAGAACCGCAGGAUGAAGUGGAAACGUGUGAAAGGUGGACAGCCAGCAUCACCCCAGGACCAAAACACAGAGGACAUGGACUCUGCUGCCUCCCCCAGCUCAGAAUAGCCUCACCUCUGGUGCCUCAGAAGGUCUGGAAUAACUUCUGGAUGUAUCCCUUUCAGCCCAGAUCUUUACCCCUAAAUCUUUGUAAUGUGACUUUGACUAAGGAGGGUGGAAGGAGCAGUCUCAAGGAAGACCUGGUCUUGCUUUCCCAGGUGAAACUGGGCUCUCUUUCUCUGGGAUCAGUUGUGCAGCUAUGGAUUCCUAAGUAUUAUAAUGGUGAAGACAUUACUAGUUGAAAGCUGUGGAGCCAAUUUUAAAACACCCUUACUGUGUUCCAUUGAAAUGUACCUUUUCUCUCCAAUGUCAAAUUUUGAAAGAAAGAAAGAAAGAAAGAAAGAAAGAAAGAAAGAAAGAAAGAAAG